CACAUGGAUGGGAUUGACUCAAUGAAUGCAUUGCGUUGAGACGUCUGUCUGCCUGACUCACGCACGUACGGGUCGAGACCUAUCGACUAAACCAAGCCUUCCUUCGCACACCUCCCGCUCCAUAUCUACUCAUAAACACGCACCCCGAGGUCUUAUCUAACAUGACUCGACUCGUCCAUCUAUCGCAUGCACGCCAUACACACGGAGCUUCAUUGUCAGACAACACACACACAGACAAACACACUGGAGCGGGGGGCAUCAGCCAUCUACCUACACGAGGUCGUCAGCUGGGGUAGAGAAGGACGGUGGCAGGUACAGGUAGCCCCUGUCGGAAAGCUCCUUCUCGAAGUCGUCAUACUCCACCAGCACCAGGCCGUACCCCUGUGCGUCCUUGAACGCUGCGCACACACACACACGCGCACACAACGCACAGACACACGCACAUCCAACCACACGGAUGACGGCAAUGAAUGACCAAUGCACACACAAACACACAGCGCCGCUCAGCUCACCGGCAACGUUGGUGCCGAUUCCGGGCACCGGGCCGGUGAAGCCCGCAUUCAGCGACGGACCCUCCUCUACCACAUUCCUGCUCACACACACACACACACACACACACUUUUCUGCACAAGGCCGGCAAGCGCGUCUGCCUGGCCCACCGCGAGAGAAUGGCGAGCUUGUCGAAGACGCUGCCGACCUCGAUUGGCGUCUUCUUGGCGAUUUUCUUGUCCUGCUGCACCAAGAGCAGUCCGAAUGUGUCUUCCGAGUAGCCCAUGUAAGCGCUCUCUUGCGGCUGCUUUGGCUCGAGGGGCGAGUCGGGGUUGUAGCGGGCCUUCUGGUAGGGCAGCUCGCGCAUCCCAAGCCGAGUCUGAUUGAUGGGAGGAACGAUUGAUGAAUGCAUCAUCCCAUCCACCAGACAGGCGGUGCAAUGCAAUGGGGGCCGACCUCGUAGAAGCUCUUGGCUGCGCUGAGGUCCUUGACGGUGAAGCAUGCGAACAUGAAGGGAUCACGGCGCUCCCCGAUGAUUAUCUGGAAACGGACAACAAACUCCACGCCCAGACGAACGCAUGGCUGCGUCACUCGUUUCGAUACACCUGCACUGCACUGCCACCCACCCUGAGCGGCAGUCCUCCUGGCGCAUCGACCUCAAUCCACCCAUAAGCCCUGCAUGAAACAAACAAACAAACAAACACACACACACAAAGAUGCCAUGCACCUCCAUCCAUGUGUGCCUGAAUGAGGGAUGCACUCCUUCUUCACCUCCUGAUGUUCCCGCCGGUCUCGGCGAGCUGGGACACCCUGAGGAAUGGCAGUGCGAUCUGCAGGAACUGCACGCCGUUGCCCGGCUCGUAGGCCUGCACCACGGGCUGCGCGUCCUCAUCGUCGCUCUUGAGCUCAGGCGGCACCCUCUUCUCGAUCAGCUCCAGCGUGAAGUGCGCACCGUAUUCGUUGUAGCUGCUGAUACUGGGAGAGUGGGGUGGGGCAGCAGCAGUGCAUGUGUGGGUGGCAUCAUGGCUGGUGUAGCGUAGCGUACCCUGGCCUGAAGCCGUUUUCGACGCGUUUGAGGUCGAGGGUCUCUGGGCCGUAGCCGACAAAGGUGACGUUAUUGGUCUUGGCGGGGUUUGUGCGCGUUCGGAUCACCUGAAUGAGCGAUGGAUGAGUGAACCAACCGCGAGGAAUGGACACACACACGCGUGUGGAGCCCAUGUGUGUGAGGGCGGUCACUCACCCUCAUACCGAGCCCCCGUGUGUAGAAGUUGAGUGCGUCAUCCAUCUUGGGCACAUUGACAACGGCGUGCUGAAUGUACCUGCACGAAAGAAUGAAUCAACAAAGCCGCACACGGAGGCACAGUCACCGCAGACGCGUAGAUCUGGUGCAUUCAUUCAUCGCGUCACCUCUCCAGGUUCUGAGUCUCCGGCAGCGUCCCCAUCCCAUUCAAUGCUGUCCUGCCUGCAGCGUUCCGCAAUGCCGCUCGCCAUGGAUAUGCAAGCGGAGAGAAUGCUGCUGCGUCGGCCUUCAGAUUCGCCGAAUGCUGCCCAUGGCGUCGUCGAAAACUGGGCACAUGCGAUGAGAUGCAGGCGAUGAACGCAUGAAUAAGGACAAGGGCACGAAUCGGCGCAUAGGUCAAAUGCAACGAGAUCAUUGGGAGGGAG